AUGGUCAACUUUAGACGUGCGGCCGUCUUCCUGGUCGCGCUCGUGCCCUUCGCGGCCGCCAGCCCUUUCCAGCGCAGGGCCGUCGCGGGCACCCCGAUCCAGGACCAGUACAUCAUCACCCUCAAGGAAGACUUGACGGACGAGACGGCCACCACGCAUCUGGCGUGGGUGGAGAACGUGCACAAGCGCAGCAUUGGCAAGCGUAGUCUCAAGGGCGUCUCUGCCGAAUACAAUUUUGGGUUUGGUGGCUUCAGGGGCUACGCUGGUGAAUUUGACGACGCCACUAUUGAAGAGAUUAGGAAUAGCCCCGAGGUCGAGUUCGUCGAACCCAACCAAAUCAUGACCUACCAAGCCGUAGCGUCCCAGGAGCAAGCAGAAUGGGGUCUCGGCACCCUCUCCAGCCGCACGCCCGGCUCCCGGCUCUACAACUACGACAGCUCGGCCGGCAAGGGCGGGUUCGCCUACAUCAUCGACACGGGACUGUACGUCGAGCACAGCGAGUUCGAGGGCCGCACCGAGCUCGGCAAGAACGUCCUCGAGGCCGACGGGAAGCCGUUCGUGGACACGGACGGCCACGGAUCGCACGUCGCGGGCACGAUUGGCGGCAAGACGUUUGGCGUGGCCAAGGAGGCUACCCUCGUGUCGGUCAAGAUUAUGCAUAACGGCAUCACCGAUUCGAGCAACGUGCUCACGGGUCUGGAGUGGGCCGCCGCGGAUAUUGUCGAGAAGGGGCGCGUCGGCAAGGCGGCCAUUAACAUGUCUAUCGGUGGCGGACGCAUGUUUUCCAUCAACAGGGCGGUCACCUCGGCCUUUAGGCAAGGCAUUCUCGUGGUCGCUGCGUCUGGUAAUACCGACGACCUGGCAUCGUCUAGCUCCCCAGGAUCGACUUACGAAGCCCUCACCGUAGGUGCCAUCGACGAGGAGUGGAACGAGGCCGUUUUCUCCAACUGGGGUCCCACAGUCGACAUUUUGGCCCCUGGCGUCGGCGUCGUCUCCGUGGGUAUCACUGGCCCCAACGCCCGGCAAACGCUCGACGGCACGUCCAUGGCGGCUCCGCAUGUCACGGGCCUGGCUGUCUAUCUCAUGGUGGCCGAGAACAUCACCGACCCGGGGGCGCUAACCACCCGUAUCAAGGAGCUGGCGACGAAGAACCAGGUCAAGAACUUGAAGUUUGGGAGCCCUAACCUUAUCGCCUACAACGGCAUCGCGUAA